AUGGACGCUACUCAAAUACUCCUUAUUCCUGCAACUGUCAUAGGAAGUGUGGUACUGCUUGUCUCGUGUCUGUUUUUUAAAAACAGAUUGAGAAAGAAGAAAAGGUAGACAUGAAUAAUUGUUUACUAGGAAAUAAAGACUUUUGAAAACCAGUAUAGGGCCACGGUGGAUAAGCCAAUACUGGCAUAUUAAUGCAACAUCAUGUAAACAAACGAUGUCUUUGUAAUCCGCCCCCGCUCUCUAUUGACUAUAAAUUAUCAUCAAUAUGUCCGCAAAGCAUUACAUUUUCUACAGAGCUAAACAAAUUUAUUUCAUUUUUAUUUAGAAAUGAACCAAGUUCUGUUCCAGACAAGAACAAAUCAGGCAAGAGAUUAAAUUUAAAAGAUAUAAAGGAAACAGCUAUUUCCUAUAAGUUUAUUUUGCAAUACGAAAAUACAC